ACCACGCCAUUCGUUUUACGCGCGAAACUGAAAGUGAAAAACUUUCUGCUUCAAGAUUUCUCAGUGAACUGCCAUUUUUGUUUUUCCUCACAAGAGAUUGCAUUUCAAAAUGAUUCUCCUAACAUUCUUUGUGACAUCUUCUAUAACUGUUAUUACCGGUUACUCACAUUUAGAGCUGAAAUCUAAACCUGGUUCGAUUCAUCCAAUAUUAACCAAGAAACUCCAAAUGGAAUGUACGGUUCGAGAACUAAAGUCCGAAGAUCACCAGUUUCAGAAUGGGAAUUCCGCAUUCAGCAAUACAGAGGCCAUUGACGAUAAGUCUACAUCCAAAGCUUCCGUUACCAAACAGGAAGUGACGCUGUCACGUCUGCUGUCCUUAGUGAUCACGAAAAAGAACGAAGAUUCAGGACUGAACGAGACGAUGGUCAGUGUCACGGGUUGUGACUCUCCUGUGAUAGAAAAACAGUUUGAGGGAACAUUUCAAGCAGACGGCACCACUGAAGGUUCCACCAAGACUGGAGAAAUGGGUUAUAUCAGUUUGACUUGGAACAGACCAGUGGACGAACACUCAGGAUUGUUUUUUUGCGAAGCGUACGCUUUGGAUCCUUUUAAACAUUCAGUUUCCCUGACCGCUGGUCUAAAGAUCAAGUCCAUUGAACCCAAAAUAUCCGAUCUCGUGACCUACAUCUCGAUCAAUGACCGUCACAUUGAACAGCUGCAAGCCAAGGUGUCAGAAAUCAAGACAGAAAACACAGAACUGAAAGAAAGAAAUACCAAUAUAACUCUAGAAUACGAAGAUCUCAAGAAAUAUGUAGACCUCAGAAUUCCAAAGUUUCAAUUCGGCUCCUUCACUUGUAGCUCCCAGGGAGUAACGUUCGAUCCUCCUUUCAACAAAACUCCUGAAGUGUUUACCUCCCUUACCGGUCUGACCAUGGGAUUUAGCAGUCAAUACAGCACAUCGACCUAUUCUCUCGGAGUACAAAGUGUUGAUAAUCUUGGCUUUUCUAUAAGUUGUACUAUCAACGGGUGGUCAUCUUCAGCUCAAGUGAAGUGGUUGGCCGUAGAACUGUAAUCUCUCAGGGGACAUUUUUGAUAUCCACACAACCAGAAUGCAACAUGAUUUGCUCUCGUGUCUUACACAUGAGUUACUAUUACAGCUUUAAUUUCAUGUUCACUCGUUUUAAUCUCUUUGAGAAGAAAGAGAAUCGACUAGAAAGAGAAAUCAAUUCGUAGGAGCUUUCAAGUUUGCCAACCUAAUGUCUAAGCAACUCAAAUCUUAAAGUCAUUGUUGGUUCAAACUUUGUAUUUGCGCGUUGAUUAUCUUAUUCAAGCUAUUGUCAUUAUUAUUUGUAAACAUGUAACCAAUUUUUGUGUAGCAUAUCAAUACAUUUCUUUGAAUUAUGUAAGUUGUAUUGUUUUAUAAAUAAAAUCUAAUCGUCCCUGUUGAAGUUCA